AUGACGCUCGACAAAGCCCCCGAUGCGUCGUACAAGCGCGCGCUGAUCAAGAAACUGCGCCAGGCGAGCGCCAAGCUCGUCGAACUCGACGCCGCCGGGACAUCAACUGUCGACGCGAAAACCGCCGCCGAGCGUCGCGCGCGCGCGGAAGAGACGAUCGCGCGAUCGCUCGACGCGCUCGACGCCAUCGGGGUGCGGGCGAGCGACCAGGAGGUGGUGAACGCGCGAGGCUCGGACGCGAGAGCGGCGAGCGCGAGAGACGAGAAGCGACGCCGCGAGGGCGAAGCGCGACGACUGGAGGAUGAACGACGCGCGAAGCACGCGCGCGCGAAUCGCGCGAUAGGAAAGACGGUGAAGAGCGUAAGCUUGUGGCGCUUGCAUUCGAUGGCGAAAAAUGAGGGGCUGGGGGACGAGGGUGAGGUUUCGCGCGCGGCAACGGAGACGGCGAGCGACGCGGAGCGCGUCGAUGGAAAGUCCUGCAACGCCGGAAUGUGGGCGGUGGCGAAGCUGGCAAAGAUGGUGCCGGAGGGACAAAUCGGUGUUGAAGCGUACGACGGUGUCGUGAAGGCGUUGGGCCGUGCGAUGAACGCGCUGGCGAGGCGAAUGGUGGAUAUGGGCGAGGACGCGAUGGACGCGCGCGCCGCGAGCACGACGAUUUGGUCAAUCGCGACGAUUUUAAAGACGAAAUGUGCCGCUCACGUCGACGAUGCUUUAUUGCGCCGCGCGGUGAGCGGAGCGGCAAAUAGAUUGAAUACUUGCGCGACGACGGCGAACGCGCAAGACGCGGCGAACGCGCUUUGGGGCGCUGCGAAGCUGCGGAAAAUGUUGCACGAGCAGUGCGUGACGGCGCUCGUCCACGUGUUGGCGUCGGGUGAAGUUCGCACGGAAGAGGUUUCCUCUUCUCUGUGGGCGAUCGCGACGUUUGGCGGUGAUGGUUGGAAAGAAGCCGCAACGUAUGCGGAGCCACUGGCGAAACGCGCAAAGGACAUGGCAAAGAAGCAGCCAAAGGAUUGGAAUGCGCAAGCCGUCGCCAACGCCGCCUGGGCGGCGGGGAAACUCGCGACGAACGACCCAAACGUCGAGUUGGGUGAUGCUAAACAGCUCAUCACGCUCUUGAUACCGAUCGCGAAAAACUUGAGUCUCUCCGCGCAAGGUUUUGCGCACGUGAUGUAUGCCGCCGGUGCCGUCGUCGUCGACUCGAGAAUGCUUGCCGACUGCGCAAAAUUCGCGUCCAAGGGCUUGAAGACGCACGCAGCAACGCUCACGGGUGCCGAUCUCGCCGCUGUCGUCGAAGCAACGCACGCGUUGAAAUUGGGCACUAGCAUGAGUGAUGGGGCGCAGCUCAAGAUGGCUAUAAUAAACGCCAUCGAACGUGGAAUGGGUGGUUUCGAUUGGCAAACCGUCGGGAGAUUAGACUUUGUCAUCGACGACGUGUUCGACGACGACGAAGCGCAGUCGAUUCGUGAAAAGCUCAGCGUACGAGGCACCGCGGUGUGCGAAGAAACUGACGCGAAUCGCAUGCACAUCGAACGGGGGAGCGCAGACGCGCUGUUGGCGCAGGAGAUCACGGCGCCGUUCGACGAGUUGAGCGCGAGGGUGCUCAUCGUCGACGACAAGCACCGCUUGAUCACGAAGCGCCUGCGCCGUGUCGGAUGGAGCGUCAGUAACUGGCAGCGUUUCAGCUGUGGCGAUCACGGAACAGGGACGAGCUGGCCCGAGACUCCUGAUGAAUUUUACGCUGCGGCGAUGGUGCGAGCACCGCCGACCAAGGCAUCGCUCGCGAUGAUUUUACACGCCGUCGCCGCCAACGUGCGUUUCGGUGGGCGAAUAUGGAUUUAUGGCGGCAUCACAGAAGGGAUACGCGGUGUCAUUGCAGAUUUACCAAAGGGAUUAUUCGAGCGAACGAGAUUAGUCAUGCACGACGAUAAAUACGGCGUCGUGCACUGCGUGCGCUCUAGCGCACAACCGGACAAGAAAGGUAAAGAGUUGAAGAAGUGGAGAGAAAAGAAAACGCUCGACUUGAGCGACGUCAUGACGACCGAACAUUCAGUACCGUGGGUCGCCUACCCCGGAUUGUUCGCCGGCGGCGGCUUGGAUGUCAUGACUACGCUACUCCUUCGAAGCGUGCUUCCGACGAUCGAGCGAAAAUCCAAACUGAAAGUGUUAGAUUACUGCUCCGGUGCCGGUCAAAUCGCCGCCGCCGUGCGCGCCAAGGCGAAGAAAUCAAGGCUCUGGCUUCUCGACGCGGAUGCGUGCGCGCUCGAAGCGGCGAAAAGAAAUCUCUCUGACGACGUCGAGUUCAUUCUCUCCGACGGCUGGCGCGCCCUAGAGAAAAGCGAUCGCGCGUUCGACCUGAUCUUAUCCAACCCUCCCGUGCACUUGGGCCUCGCCGUGGACUUUGUGCCGAUUCGAGAAUUCCUCGCCGGUUUGGCUCGGCGGCUCCGCCGUCCCGACGGCAUCGCGUACUUCGUCGCCCAGCGAUACGUCCCGGUGCGCGCCAUCGCCGCUGGCACCACAGCAGACACGCUCAAAAUCACCCGCCAGGGCACCGACGACGCGAAAUUCGCGGUUUGGAAGUGCGUCGCUCGCGGCGCGUAG